UAUUUGCGUUACUUGUGCAUAGGUAAUUACUAUUUAGUUGAUGCUGGCUACACAAAUGGUCCGGGGUUUCUUGCACCGUAUAGAGGGACUCGAUAUCAUGUAAGAGAGUGGGCCCAGGGAGCACGUGCACCGCGCAACUACCAAGAAUAUUUUAACCGGGGUUUUUAUUAUCGUAAUAUUGGUAGCAAGAAAUGAAGAACAAGCGAAUGUGGAGUGAUGAAGAGACAUUGGCCUUUGUUGGCUUCAUGGAGGAGUUUGUCGUUGACGGUCAGCGGGCUGAUUGUGGGCAGUUUAAACCGGGAACAUUCGAGAAACUGGCUUUGAAGAUGUUGGAGGCUUUCUCCGGUUGUACACUGACCGCGAAGCAUUGCAAGAAUAAGCACAAGCGGCUGAAGGAGAAGUACCAGUACGCCGCUGAUAUGCUUGCUUGUAGCGGAUUUGGCUGGAACAACGAGAAACAAUGUGUUGAGGUUGACAGCAAAGACGUCCUUGAUGCUUGGUUGAAGGCACAUCCGACCAAGUUCUACAGUCCUGGCAAGCCAUUUCCUUUAUUUCACCGGCUGGAAGGUAUCUUUGGAUGGGAGUGGCGGCCGUUAUCCGAGAUGUCUCCACCUCCAGACCAAGACGGAGUUGCAGCAAUGCAAGGACAAGCAUCACAUUCUGAGGUCGGUGCGAGCGCGGGAAGCACUAGGCAAUGCGGGAGGAAGAGGAAACAUGUUGACGUACUCAAGAGGAUGGCCAAUCAGAUUCAGCAAUCAUCGGCUGACCAACGAAAGAAUGCCCAACUGAUAGCUGAUGCCAUUGUUGGUGUGAACGAGAAGUGGAAGGUUGGCGAGAAGCUCACACAGCUUGGAUUCGGUGAUGACGAUGUGGUCAGGGCGAUACUGAAGUUUGCCGAAAGUCCUAAUGUGUAUGCACACUUCUGGGGCUUGUCAGAUUCACAAAUGAUUGGGCUCGUGCGUUCCAUUAUAUGA